AUUUCGACCUCACGAAAAAACCACACAAAUAAUACUCCUCCCAAGUCUUGAUCUACAACUUCUUCCUCUUCGGCGCCCCCUCCCAAGUCUCUUCAAAUGGACAGAGGAAGAGGGGACCGGCAGGGCUCUCAAUUGACAAAAGAUUUUUUUUUUAAGGCAACCGGAGAGGAGAGGGAGAGAAGGAUUAUUCUUGCGAAGCCAUUGACAGUAGGGGAGGAGACGGACGUUGAUUACAGAGCUCCCAAUCCUCUACAGCUUGUUUUCAGUCUCUUUAGAAAUGUACUGCCAGGAUCAGAUCUCACAAAGUUUCAGCUGCCACCUCUGUUCAACCUUCCAAAGUCACAGCUUCAGUGCUUCGGGGAAUCAGUGUAUAGCACUGCUACUGAUAUGCUGAGCAGGUGUAACAGUAGCGAGAACCCUCAUGACAGAUUCAUAGCCGUUGUAGCAUGGAGCAUUUCCACUGUGCGUCCUCUGGUCUUUGGUGUUGCUCCUUACAAUCCCAUUCUUGGAGAGACACACCAUGUUUCAAGUGGAAAUCUCAAUGUUCUACUUGAGCAGGUUUCACAUCACCCACCAGUAUCUGCCCUCCAUGCAACCGAUGAGGAAGAAAAUGUUGAACUGAUAUGGUGUCAUCAUCCUAGUCCCAAAUUUAAUGGCACUUCAGUAGAAGCUGAGGUGCAGGGCAAAAGGCAGCUGAAGCUCCUAAAGCGCGGAGAAACUUAUGUAAUGAACUCCCCGACGCUAUCCAUGAGAUUUCUUCCAGGUCCUGCUGCUGAUUGGGUUGGUAAUGUCAGAAUCCAGUGUCAAGAAACUGGCCUUGAAGCAGAGUUAUGUUAUAGAAGCAGUUCUUUUCUAUGGCGUAAAGGAAAUCAUCGAUCUAUCAAGGGGAAGAUAUUUGAGUCGUCAUCGUUGAAGACUCUUUAUGAGAUUGAUGGUCACUGGGAUAGAAUUGUCAGUGUGAAGGACAUCAAUCAUGGGAAAUUUACAGUUAUGUACAAUGCAAAAGAAGUCCUUUCAGGUCUGAGUGCUCCUAUCGUAAAGGAUCUAAGGGAAGUAUGGGCAAGUGAAUCAGCUGUGGUGUGGAGUGAGCUGAGCCAGGGCAUCCUGAGCAAAAACUGGGAGAAAGCAAGAGAAGAAAAGAAAGCAGUUGAGGAAAAACAGAGGGAGCUAUUGAGAGAGAGAGAGUCAAAAGGAGAAACUUGGGUUCCCAAGCAUUUUAGUGUGUCUUAUUGCAAGGAAGGCGGGUGGGACUGCUCACCUAUUCAGCAGAAGGUCCCACCAGCCCCCAUUGAUGUGCCCCUUUAAUUGGGAGUUUCUUGCAAGCGUAGUCAUAGGAUUAUGAAUUGGUCAUAAUUGUUAGUCUCUUGGCCAACCCACCUGUAAACAAAUAAUGAUAAGUGUCAUCCUUUUUUCUUUUGUUUUUUUUUGGAUUUUUAUUAAAAUUUAGUGGCUCUACUGUUGCUUUGUGUUGAA